AUAAUGUAACCUAAUCAUAAACAGAUAAUUGAUAGAUUUCUAAGCUUCUAUACUGUAUCCCCGUGUUUUAUAGAUAGACUAUACGAAAAAUGUGAGUCGCAUAAUUGUGUUAGCGCAACAGUUGCAUGUCGGCGGCCACAUAGAAUGGACUCGCGAAUUUUAGACUAUUCUAUCGCCUGACCUAGGGACACCAGUUUUCCUCGUCAAAUAAUAGCAUUCAUUUUAAACUAACUCCGCGGAAAUAAGCUUAGACCUAGUCUGCCCUUCUCCUCCUUCCCUGCACUGCCAGCUCCCCAACUACUGCAUCUACAUCUGGAUUCCCUCAACUGCAAUUUCUGUCCAUCUGGUCAGACACGCUCCAACGUCAUUGCGCGCUGGGGCGGCGCGGACUCCCGGAGGUGUUUCCCGACUUUAAAAGAGCAGGAGACUUCUCCUCUCUCAAGCAGUGCGUCAUUCAGACCCGGAGCGACUGGGAUCCCAAAAAUAAAACAGUUAUUUUAGAAAAAGAAUUUCACGGUUUGUUUCUGUGGUUAACCUAUUCAGGACACCCAACUGUAUCUUUCUCUUUUUCACCACGAGCAUCACUAUAACUUACUGGGAUUGCUUAUUAUAUUUUUUAUACAGAAAUCCGUCUAAUUGUCGACAUUUUGGGGUCGCUGUCAUUACACGGAUGUAGGAUAAUAUCGUGUCUGGAUACAUUGGCGUGAACUUUGGAGAGCGUUUCUCAGACUGCACGGGGAAUCUCAAAGGAGCAUCCGCAGCCAGCUCACCAAUAUGAAAUCUGCCGAAGAAGACGCAUACAGCUACCCUGCCAGUGCCAGCCUCUCUCUGCCAGUCAGCAACCCAUACUUGUCCCCUCAGUACCACAGUCCUCAUGGCGGUCCGUCUCUAUCUGUGGCCAUCACACCUGCAUCCAGCUAUGGACAUCAGGAGAACAAAGUGACCUUGGGCUUCUACACAUCCCCUGGCAUGCGUCCCAACAGCACCCCAACCCUAGAGAGCCCACGGAUCGAGAUAACGCCCUACAGCCAGUUCCCUGACGAAGAGGAGGAGGAGGAAGGUGGCAGCGAGGGUGGCACGCCGGUGGGCAACCGGAUCAUUUCCGUGGCAACGCUGACGCUCCCCAACGCCGACGGCUACCGCGACCCCAGCUGCCUGAGUCCGGCGAGCAGCGUGUCGUCACGAAGCUGCCACUCCGAGGCCUCGUCCUACGAGUCAGGCCUCUCGUGCACCUAUGACACGUCCCCGCAGAACUCGCCUUGGCAGUCCCCCUGCGUCUCCCCCAAGGGGGGCUCUUCCUCGCUGCACUCCUGCACGCUGGCCGCCUCCCCCCAGCCCUCACCCUCCGGCUCACCCCGCACCUCCAGCCUCACCGAUGACACCUGGGCCACCUCCCGCCCGGGGUCCUCCCCGCAGCCCAGCUCCCCCUGUGGCAGCAAGCGGAAGUACAGCUUCAACGGUGGAGGAGGGAGUGGCGGCGGGGCCUACAAGUUCCCGUACUCGCCCAACCAAUCACCCAACCCGUCCCCCCACACCUCUCCACGCCUCAGCAUGGCUGAAGAGACAUGGCUGGGAAAUACCAACCAGUACACCAACUCGGCCAUCGUGGCAGCCAUCAACGCCCUCUCCACGGACGGGGCAGUUGACAUGGGGGAGAGCCUCCCGCUGAAGACCCGCAGAACCGGCCUGGAGCCCUGCCCGUCCCUCAGUAUGAAGGUGGAGCCCAGAGGAGAGGAGCUGGUGUCAGGAGAAUACAGCACAAGUGACUACGGCUCCCCCUCCCACAUGCUCUUCAAGAAGGAGGGCUACAGUGGAGGCUUCCUGGAUGUGCCACAACACACCUACUCAUGGUCUAAGCCAAAGACAUAUAUCAGUCCUUCUCUGCCCGCUCUUGACUGGCAGCUGCCCUCCAGCUCUGGACCCUACACCCUUCAGAUUGAGGUGCAACCCAAGUCUCACCACCGCGCCCACUACGAGACCGAAGGCAGCAGAGGGGCAGUGAAGGCUCUUUCAGGAGGGCAUCCAGUUGUGCAGUUGCACGGCUACGUGGAGAGUGAGCCCCUGACUCUUCAGCUUUUCAUCGGUACUGCGGACGACAGGAUGCUGCGGCCGCAUGCUUUCUAUCAGGUCCACCGCAUCACUGGCAAGACCGUGUCCACGCCCAGCCACGAGGUGCUUCAGAACUGCACCAAGCUGCUGGAGAUCCCCAUGCUUCCUGAAAGCAACAUGAAGGCAAUAAUCGACUGCGCUGGUAUUCUCAAGCUGCGCAACUCGGACAUCGAGCUCCGGAAGGGCGAGACAGACAUCGGACGAAAGAACACCCGUGUGAGGAUGGUGUUCCGAGUACACAUAAGCCAGCCCAAUGGAAGAACCAUCUCCCUGCAAGCCUCCUCCAACCCCAUCGAGUGCUCUCAGCGAUCGGCGCAGGAGCUUCCCUUGGUGGACAAGCAGAGCUUGGACAGCUGUGUGGCCACAGGGGGGAAGAAGAUGCUCCUGACUGGACACAACUUCCAGCUCGACUCCAAGGUCGUGUUUGUGGAGAACGCCCAAGAUGGCCAUCAUAUAUGGGAGAUGGAAGCCAAAGUUGACAAGGAAGCCUCCAAAUCGACAAACUUGUUGAUCGAAAUCCCCACAUACAGGAACCAGAAUAUAGCCAGUCCGGUGUCCGUGAGCUUCUAUGUGUGCAACGGCAAACGCAGGAGGAGCCAGUGCCAACACUUCAAGUAUCUGCCGCCCAAAGUUCCAACAAUAAAAACAGAGCCUCAUGAUGACUAUGAGCUCCCUCAGCAUGCACCUGGCUUCACUUUGCAUUCGAAGCCUUACUACUCCCCGCAGGUGCUGUCUGCGGCGAUGCCUGUUGACCCGAGGCCAGUGGGGCUGUUCGGUGGCGCCUCCUGCCCCCAGAGACUUGGAGGGAAGCCGUCCUCCAUUGCCUCCCCCACUUCUGCCUCCUCCCCCGUUGGCAGCCCCAAACUGCACGACCCGUCACCCACGCACUUCCCCAAAGGCCUGCUACUCAGUUCCCCGCAGCAGCCAACGGGGCCCCUGCCUUCAGCCACGGCCUCUGCCACACAAGUGUCGGCCAUCCAAGCGACGGCCGCCUGCUACCAGCAGUCCGUCCUUUUCCAUCCCAGGGUCGUCUCCACGCCACACCUCUCCACCACCACCGGGACUCCGCCGGAGCGCCCCUUCAGCAGCCUGUCCCCGUCCCAUGCUCCCACACACGAGGCGCCGGUCUCAGUCUCCCCACAACCACCCAAGGGCUCGCCCAAAAGAAGCCCUUCUGCUUUCCUGCCCCAGCAGGGGAGCCCCUCCUCACUGGCCGUCAGCAUCAAGCAGGAGCCUCAGGAGCUUGAUCAGAUGUACCUGGAUGAUGUCAAUGAAAUCAUCCGGAAUGAUCUGUCGAGCAUCACUGUCCACAGCCAUGCAUAGUGCUGGAGGGGUGUCAAAGAAAACAGGGGCUACCAUGGACCCAGAUGAACUCAAACUCAACCUGUCCUGCAUCGCUGCGCUACCCAAGCACAAACAAGUCCAAAUGCAGCCUUCACAACCAAAUUCCGACCUCCUAUGCAAGAAAAAUGAAGUUAUACUGGAAAUGAUUGCCUAGAAGGACACAUGGGCCAAGAACUGAGUCUUAUUUCUUUUUCCCCCUCCUUUUUCUCCCUUUUCUGUCAUUAUGGAACUUAAAUUAUUUUCAAUCCUAAAUGUUUUUGCGUCUGGAUAUAUUAUCAGUUAUCCAAAGGUGUACUCAUUCUGCUUUCUGUAAAAAAAAAAAAAAAAAGCGAGCUGUUUUUGAAGGAUGCUUAUUAAAGCAUCAAUUCAGGAGGAAGAGAACAGCUGAGAUGUAACUGACUAGUAGAAAUAACUCACUAUUUGUGACUUCAUGACAUCAUGAAACGUGAUUGUAGAUUGUAUCUCAGUCGAAGCUUUUGCUUGAGAUGACUUCAUCUCAGUCCGUCCAAUUCUGGUCGAAUGCUUUACUCUUGCCUUUGUGUUAUUAGCCAUUCCAUCAUUACUGUUUACGUUUAAAACCUUUUCUGUUGACUUACUCAUUCAUACACAUCUAAAGAAAAAACUGGAAU